AUGACAUUCCCUAUAUUACCACUACUCUCAUCUCCGGAGGAUCCAAAGUUGGACGACUUGAGCAUCGCGGGCCAUGUUUUGUUUCCAUAUGACUCACUCAAUUUGAGUAAGCAUUGGAUACAACAAUUUCAAUCACAAUUGUCAAUAUUUGUUCAAGUUGAAAAGAAUGUUUCUGUGGAUCAAAUUACAGAAUUGUUGAACUUGGGAGUUGAAAAGAUAUUCUUGUCUGAUGAAACACAGUACGAGUCUGUUGUCAACGCUGGAUUACCGGAUGAAAGAUUUGCUAGUCCUGUAUUACAAUCUAAUCUGUCACUAAUUGUUUGUGAAAAAUUGAAUGAUUUAGCAAAAUACAACAAUGAUGAAAAUAGAGAUGUGUAUUAUGAUAUGACUAAAAGUGAUGCAUCGCAAGAUGAAGUUGACCAAUUGGCCAAAUUAGGAUAUACUGUCAUUUUACCAUCAGAAAAUCUAACCACAAAGAAACAAGAAAAUGGCAAAAUUUCAAUUUCGUUCACGUUUGUCAAUACUUUAGUUACUGAUAGACAAGAUGGAUUAUUCACUACAUUAAUCACUUCUCCAGCUCCACAAUAUACUGCAUUAGGAAUUGUGUACUCUUCCAAAGAAUCAAUUUUUGCCGCUAUUGAUGAAAAAGUUGGAGUAUACCAAUCAAGGAAAAGAACUCAUGAAUUGUGGUACAAAGGUAAAACCAGUGGCGCUACUCAAAAACUUCUCCAAGUUUCAAAAGAUUGUGAUUCUGAUGUUGUUAAAUUUGUGGUGGAAAAUCGUAAAGGAUAUGGAUUUUGCCACAAAACCAGCAAGUAUACUUGUUUUGGUGACGAUUUGCAAUCGAGUGGCCACGGAUUAUCAAAAUUGGAUGCAACUUUACAAGAUCGAUUUGAAAAUGCUCCCGAAGGAUCAUACACCAAGAGAUUGUUUAAUGAUGAGUCCUUGCUUGUUGCGAAGUUGAAGGAAGAAUUGGAUGAAUUGAUUGAUGCCAAGGGCAACAAGAAUGAAGUUGCUUGGGAAGCGGCUGAUUUAUUAUACUUUGUCAUGUGUUGGUGUACCAAGAACGGAGUUAAAUUGAGUGAUGUUGAAAAGAACCUUGAUGUCAAGUCGUUUAAAGUGACAAGACGCAAAGGAGAUGCUAAACCAGCAUAUUUGGAAAAGAAACAGGACAAUAGCCCCCCAAAUGCGCCAACACAAAAUGCAUCACAAGAUGCCGAUUUCCAAUUGGAAGUCAUUGAUGCUAGUGAUUUAACAUCUCCUGCUAUUACCAAAGCCAUGACAAGACCAGCACAAAAGACAUCUGAAAUUAUGAAAUUAGUACUACCAAUUAUUGAAAAUGUUAAAACCAAUGGAGACAAGGCAUUAUUGGAAUUGACUGCCAAAUUCGAUGGUGUUACAUUAGACACGCCGGUUCUUUCAGCUCCGUUCCCAGAAUCGCUCAUGAACAUCUCGCUGGAAAUGAAGGAUGCAAUCGAUUUGUCAAUGACCAAUAUUGAAAAGUUCCAUGCUGCUCAAUUACCCAAGGAGAAAGUAAUGACUGUUGAAACAGCACCGGGUGUUUAUUGUUCACGAUUUGCCAAGCCAAUUGAAAAUGUCGGGCUCUAUGUACCUGGUGGAACUGCCGUUUUGCCCUCAACAGCUAUGAUGUUGGGUGUGCCAGCAAAAGUGGCUGGCUGUAAGAAUAUCGUCAUUGCCUCACCACCUUCAAGAAGCACUGGUCAAUUGACACCUGAAGUUGUAUAUGUUGCUCACAAGUUGGGCGCGUCAUGUAUUGUUAUGGCUGGUGGUGCACAAGCAAUAACGGCGUUGGCGUACGGUACCGAAUCAGUAAUCAAAUGUGACAAAAUUUUGGGCCCUGGUAAUCAGUUUGUCACUGCCGCCAAGAUGUAUGUACAAAAUGACACACAAGCGUUGUGUUCAAUUGAUAUGCCUGCAGGACCAAGCGAAGUGCUUGUUAUUGCUGAUGAAGAUGCAGAUGCUGAUUUUGUAGCUAGUGAUUUAUUGUCGCAAGCCGAACACGGUGUUGAUUCUCAAGUCAUCUUGAUUGGAGUUGGUUUAUCAACGACUAAAUUGAAGGAGUUUCAACAAGCAGUCACGAAACAAGCUUUGGCAUUACCAAGAAAAGAAAUUGUUGGUAAAUGUUUAGCUCAUUCAUACAUUUUGCUCACAAAGUCAUAUCAAGAUGCAUUUGAAUUAUCCAAUCAGUAUGCACCAGAACAUUUGAUUUUACAAAUCAACAAUGCAGCCUCAUAUGUGCCUGAUUCUAUUGAAAAUGCAGGGUCGGUAUUUGUGGGGGCGUUGUCACCUGAAUCAUGUGGUGAUUAUUCAAGUGGUACAAAUCAUACUUUGCCAACUUAUGGAUACGCCAGACAAUAUUCCGGAGUCAACACUGCAACGUUUCAAAAAUUCAUUACUUCUCAAGAUGUAACUGAACAAGGAUUGAAAAGUAUUGGUAAAGCAGUAAUGACAUUGGCUGCUGUUGAAGGGUUGGAAGCGCAUCGUAGAGCUGUUGAAGUGAGAAUGGAAAAGUUGGGUCUACUUUGA